AUGGUCGUGAGAGAAGUUUUAGGUAAGGUGGUACGGAAAAUGCCGUACUCUGGAUAUCUCCCAACGAUAUUAAUUGGACAAGAUAACGAAGAUAAAAUAGAAGUGUCAUCACUUGGAAUAACUACUUCUGCUGAACGCUCGCCUCGAGAUACGAUUCAUAAUCGAAUAAUAAGCAAUCGAGCUGAACAAACGACUAAGGGUAACAAGAUGGACUCGACUUUAGAAUUGAGCUGUUUAAAUUACUGCGAUACAUUUGAUGAUUUUUCGAUUGAAGCGUCUCCGAUUAACAGAUUAAAGAGUAACGAAACUAUUGAUAAAGUAAGGAGUGACGAUAGCGAAACUGGUGAGACGCUCAUUCAGUCGCUGCUCAAUCUGAAUAAAUCAUAUGGACCAGAAAAUAAAUUUGGGCUGUCUAAAAUGCUUAGUACUGUAGAAGAGAAGAACGAAGAUUGCGAUAUCAAGACAUUAAGAAUAGAAAGAUAUCUUAACGAACAAAAUAAGAAAUUCGACGAGUUGGUGGAUAAGAACAUUGAUGUUGUAUUACAAAACCCGUCAAAUGACUUGAAAAGAAACGUUAUAGGUUUGUUGGAUGUGUACGAUUACAAGCUCCAGGACAAGCUUAUGGAUAUUUCAAAUAUUAUUGGCAUAGCUUGUAAUAAUGUAAUGCGUUUUACUCCAUUAAAAAAGGAAGAUUCUGAACUUGACAAAAGACUGGAUCUCGAGUCAAUGUCGAAGGAGUCGUAUGAUGCUGCCAACAGUGAAAUUGACCAGAUUGUAAGAACAAUUGACAACAAAUCAUCUGUUGAAUCACUUUUAGAAUCAUUAGAUUUUGAUUCAAAAGUUGAACUAUUCACCCAGUUGAGGGAAGAGUUAUGUUAUGAUCAAGAAGGAUUAUCUGCAGCUGCUAGGAACAGACGAAUGCCUCUUGGUGGAGAUAUGUAUAGUGAUCUACCAAAUGAUGAACUUGAAAACGACAUAUUGAUUGAUAAAUUGCAACUGUGCGUCAUUAUAUCGAUUAAAUUGCUCUUCGUGGGCUUAAAACUAACCAUUCCAUUAGGCAAGUUAUUGUAUCAGAAGUUUAUAGAUGACCAGCUAUUCAUUGUCAAUAAUAAGAAUGCCAAUAAGUUCUUGUCGUUCAUAAUUAAAACUAUGAGAUCUUUGGAGUCACACUUAAACAAUAAUAAGGUUACCAGCUAUAAGUAUGGAUAUGAGAAAGGAACUGGCGAAAACCAGUUGCAGCUAAACCAGUUGUAUGACGAGAUGACAUCUUCCAACGGUUAUAUCACUCUGCAAUUAAAAAACCGCUCUACCGACUCAUCUUGGCGAAAGGCCAUGGCUGAAUAUAUUUUCCUUAAAUACGUGGAUGGGGAGUCCACCAUCGACAAGAAGUCCGAUCCCAGGUAUUCAAAAUUCUUUUCGCAACCAUCGGCUCCUUUAUCUUCAUCAUCUAAUUACUCGUUCAACUCGAAUUCCGAUUCCAAUUCGAAUUCGAAGACUCCUGUGCAGUCUGCUACAUCCAACAAUUCGUUAUCUAUGUUGAAAAUAGCAGAGCAGUUCUUAGAUGAAUUUUGA